AAUGUUCUCCUGGUAGUGGUUUUCUGGAACACUUACGACGCUGUAACGGUUCAGAGGCCAGGCCAGCACUUUACAGACCCUUGAGUUGAUCCCAGGUUAGGCGAACUCGUGCAAUUCACAUCACUCAAAUACUCAGUACUCUGUCAUGAUUAUCCCUCGCACAAGCAUCAUCUCACGGACCUUGAGAGCUGGACGUCUGCACCAUACCACAUCAUGUUCUAGCAAGAAUGUCGUGAAUAUCGUCGAAGUAGGUCCACGAGAUGGCCUGCAGAAUGAGAAGGGUGUGAUACCUGUGGACGUGAAAGUAGAGCUCAUUAACCGCCUUGGCAGCGCAGGGACUAGGUAUAUCGAGUCGGGCAGCUUCGUCAGUCCUAAGUGGGUCCCUCAGAUGGCAGGCACGGCAGAAGUCAUCUCGCAAAUGGAGAGGCUCCCAGAUAACCACUACGCUGUGCUGGUCCCAAAUCAAAAAGGCCUCGAUAACCUAUUCACUUUACUUGAUUCAUAUACACCUUCAUCUUCUCAACCGAAUCCUCCUGUAAAUGAAAUAGCCAUCUUCACUGCUGCAUCCGACGCGUUCAGUCGUGCAAAUACCAACAUAUCUAUCGCGGAUUCGUUGACUAGGUUCGUGCCUGUCGUGCGUGCAGCGCUUGAACGGAACUUGCGUGUUCGGGGGUAUAUCAGCACUGUUAUAUCAUGUCCAUUUUCAGGACAAGUCGACUAUAAGCAGGUCAGAGAUAUUGCUAAGGAGUUGAUGGAUAUGGGAUGCUAUGAGGUGAGCUUGGGAGAUACUGUUGGUACAGGUACGCCUGCGAGUGUUGCAGAGAUGGUGGAGGAGGUUAAGAAGUCUGUACCUGUCGAAAACCUUGCUGGACAUUUCCAUGAUACAUUCGGAACAGGCGUUGUUAACGUCCUCACUGCUCUUCAGCAUGGUAUCCGUACUGUCGACUCUUCUGUUGGAGGACUGGGAGGAUGUCCCUACUCACCAGGUGCUACUGGUAAUGUGGCUACUGAGGACGUCCUGUACGCGUUGCAGGGUUCAGAAUACGAUGUUAGCUACAUCGAUCUCGAGAAAAUAGUGGAUAUCGGAUGGUGGAUAUCGGAGAAGCUUGCACGGGAGAAUACAAGCCGCGCUGGGAGGGCUGUCAAGGCUAGGCGGCUAAGAGAGGCAAAGCAAGCUGAGAAGGCAAAGCUAUAGUAGCUGAUUUUUGAUUAGCGUGGAAUUUUGUCACUGUACUAUUAUCACUGUAUGGAAUUGUGUUGUCAAUUAAGGUCACCUGAACCA